GUAAGUCAUACAGGUUUAAAACGACACGAGGUGAGUAAAUUAAUGACUGAAUUUUCAUUUCAAGGUGAUCUGUAUCUUUAAAGUGUCAUAAAUAUGAUAAAAGUGGGAAUUAUGUGGAGGAUUAUGGAAUUUCAAGAGGAAGUAGACAGAAAUGACUAGCCUCCAACUUGCUUGCUCUUAAGUUACCAUGGGAGGAGCAUUGAGGGCAGACAUUGACAUGCUUCUCAUCCGAUUUUUCCCCUCCAUCCAUUGAUGCGCUUACACUCUCUCUCCCCUUGGCCCCCAUCAUAAUUGUGUGCAUUAGAGUGAGAGGUGCUCGGCUGCUUGUGCAUGCAUGCACACUCUCAUAAAUGCAUAAAUGACUGACUCUGCAAGGAGAGAGAGAACGAGAGGAAGGGAAGGAGGGGGCAGGAGUGCAGGGGGAAUCAGCGCUAGCAUCAGUGAGAGAGAGAGAGCGAGAGAGCACGGUAGACCAGACAGGGAGGAGAGGAGAAUAGAGGACAGUCGGCUACAUCGCUCCUCACACACAGACGGAGGUGGAGAGAGGAGAGGAUGAAAGACUGUGGGGGAAGGAGAGGACAAAAGAAGACCGCUAUGCCGUUCAUCACGCCGUUCCAAAGAAGUGAGGCUGGACGAGACUGACGCUGAACGAGGGAGCCGGCGUGACUUUGUGAUUUUGAAGAGAACAGAAGAAAAGGAUAAAAGAAAAGAGCGUGUUUUUGUCUUUCAGGGAGGGGACUGAGCCAGAAAGCAAGAGAGGGAGAAAGAGGAGAAGGAGGAGGAUUGUCUGGCACUGUUUAAAUAUUAACGUGAUUAUGAUUUGAACAUGGAGGUCAUUUGUUUUUACCUAAAAUGUGGCUCUCUCGUUCUCUUUUUAAUCCAAGGACUUAGUGUAUGAAAUAUCGCUCUUACUUUCUGCAGCAACUACACCGUGAGGACAAAAAAAGCUCUUUAAAGCUCUUUAAAUUCUUUUACUUUGACUUUUUGUAAACUCUUGUAUUUUUAAUGUACAUAGUGAUGUCUGUUAAAGAAACAUUGUUUUUGGUGUUACUUAAGAGUUAUACAGACAGAAAUCAGGUUUUUUUUAUGCAAAACUUUUAGAUGUCUUUCUUUGUAGUGUAUAAACAGGUGCUUUCAUAGAUAUCGGUAGAUAUUUCAUAGAUAUCAGGACUACUGUUUAGCUUUUGCUAGUUCUGCUGCCUUUAGGUGGAAGUGUGCAUGAGUCUGUCUUAAGUGUGUGUUUGUGUGUGUACUCAAGCAAUAUUUGAUUUUCAUUUGGACUGGUGCCAUGACUGCGCUCUGUGCAUGUGUCCAGAUGUGCAUCUGGUUCUUUUUGAGUUUGGAUGUCAACACUGAUCACCGCUGUGGUGUUUGUGGCGGCAGAGGUUGAACUUUCCCAUCGUGUGCCAGUGCUCGCUGCAGAACAUUGAUUCACGCUGGCUCUGAGCUCUCGUGAUUGGACGGGGAGCGAGCCGACAGGUUUUGUGUUGGCGAAACUUGUCGGAUUUUGUUUGGGUUGUGUCAUGACACUGUCUCGCACGUUUUUUUCCUCAGUCUGUUACCAUGGCAACCGUUUCAUUGGUAUAUUAAGGUCUCAUGCUUUGUCUUUCACAACUUUAAUGUGUUGCAGCAUCCCAAAACCAGGCUCUACAUUCAAUCUCGCCAGUAUUAGGAAAGAGUCGUGCCUUCAGACUUUACGAGGGUUCAAGGUGCUUGCUCUGAAUAUUUAGUUCAUUCGGUCAAUCUCUAAAUCAGAGUUGUCAACAUUGGACUUAUUUUUUCACUGACCAUCAAAAUCAUUGAUUCAUGAUGUUUUAUAUUGAAAUGGUGUAGUUAAACUCAGGUUUUUCCAUCUGUGCUGGAGCUCAACUGCACUAAUUCAACAUCCGAUUUACCUUUAGGACAAUGAGAUUAGCCGUUUCGAGUCUAGCCUGUUAACUACACCUAUGCUUGAAAAUAGUCUCUCUGUGUGGUUGGCUUACUUGCCUUUGGUUUCACUUCAGACCAACAGGAACCUCUUGACCUUUAGAUACAGUGCAGCCACUGUUGGGUUGGCAACUCAUUCACUCAUGUUUACUGGUUUCUGAAACAACCCAUCAUAUCAAAACAGGGAUUUUGCCAUAUUCCUAACUGACAGGUGCUACACCCAGGCUAGGUUACCCUAGUGUGUUAAACUCUUAUGUUAUUAUUUAAAUGUUUUUUUUUAAUAGUCGGAUUUCUACUUCUCUGUACAGGUUCUCCUAAACACUGUGCUAUUUCUGUGCCAUGUUGUGUUGACGUCAAUAAAGUCCAUGACACGAUGAGUGAUUUGGUAAUACAGCCAAGUCUGGGACACUGCUGUCUAAGUGCACUGUAAAAAAAAAAAGAGCAAAGCUAUUCAGACUAUACUGAAUACAGUGAGCUCUGUAGCACUAAACUACUGGUUCUGUGCCAUGUCGUCAUGAUACAGUUUACGAACUUUGUCUCGUAACUUAUUGAGCUUUGUCAACCAGGUCUGAGUGGUUCUCUUUACAGGUCCUCUGUGAGGAAUCUCUCCGUAAGAAUGGCCCAAUGGCACCGCUAACGUGGUGCUUUGUAGAUGCAGUGGAGUGCACAUAAAUCCCUCGGGUCUUGCCGCACUCCAGCCGAGAUAAUAGGGCCGCCUCGUUGACUGCCAGUCACAUCUGUUGGAACAACUUGGGAUGUCUCGCAUUUGUUCAUGCACAUCUGAGGCAAGACACUGUCUUUUUGCAGCCCUGAGGCUUCUUUGUGGUGCUAAAGAGUACAAAAACGAUCAGAAACACCUGACUGGUCAAAGUAAGCCACAACAAUAGAAGCUCAAGGUGUUUUUGUGGUUGCUAAUGUUAAAUAUAUGCAGUGAAAACCAUUGUACAUAGAACAAGACUGGAUUUAGUUCAAGUCGGCUGGACUUGGCUAUAAACUGGCAUUCACAACACCAGUAGAAACUGUUAAUGGUCUAUAAAUGCUAAACAUUUGUGAGGUUUAGAGUUACCCUGGUCUGUUAGCUCAGAACUGUUAGAGGUUACAAGACUGUUGCCUCUCUAUCAGAGGUUUUAAAGUGCUUUACACCAGGGAUGAGCAUUGGUGCGGUUAAAUUCGGUGUUUGACUUUGCUAAGUGACGUUUAGAGGGUAGGUUUUCACUCAGGAAACAGAUCUAUAAAGAACUGCUCAACCCAAGACUGUUUGCCUGAUUUUAAGGUGUCAUUUAGGCUAAUGAGCAACUGAUUGAUUUUCCAGUUAGCAUCUAAUGAGCAGAUCUCUGGAGGCGGUACUUCAGAUUUGUCCAAUCGGGUCUCAUUACUGUCACCCUGACAGUGCUCGAACGUGCUUGUUUUAGGAACAUCAUAGUUUCCUUGCGGCUGGAUUGUCACACUUUAACUUCACAGAUCACACCAAACAAUCAGUGGUUACUUCAAAUGGUGCUCGAACCCAUGUUAUCUUCUAUACAGCCAUAUUUAUCUUUGACUUAACUGUUUCAGGGCUUUCUGAGUCUAGUUCUGUCCUUUUCUAAAUCAUAUUUCUACAAACUGUUGUUUAUCAGGGCUAUUUAUCUUUGUGUAUAACUGAAAAUUAGUUUGUUUUUCCCUGAGUUGUAUGAUUCAGUGAAUUAUUGCGCUAAUUUGAAGAUCGCAAAGAGGCUCAGGUGUGUUUUUUUUUAGGAAAAUAGGAGUAGCUGGACAGCCUGGAGAACGGGAAAGAAGACGUGGGAGGGGGCGCGGGGGAGCGAGAGAUUAUCUGGAAGAAGAGAGCGAGCGUGUUGGAGAGGGAGAGAGAGCUGGAGAGGCAGAAGCUGGAGGAGGAGAGGAGGAACACUGUGGGAUACACGGUGUGGAGGCUGAGGGAGGGAUUCCAAGAGAGGAAGGAUAGAGAGGAGGAUAAACUCAAAGGAACGAGCGCCGAGGGCGCGAAAGCAGCGCAGCCGGAGGUGAUCUGGAAAAGACGAGAGGAAGAGGAGGAGAAAGAUAGGGAUAGAGCUCGGCUUGGCGACAGUGGUCCCAAAAUCAUCUGGAGGAGGAGGGAAAGGGAGUAACAGGAAAAGAUGGGCAUGUGUCAGCGCUAAGCGCUUUCAGAUGUGUGACAGGACGUGAGGUGGCAGAUUUAGUCUUACGGUACAAAUAAACCUGCAUGUACUCAGACUUCAUGUAAUCUAGGUGCUAGAUAGUGUACAUUAGGUCCCCUUUUUAUAUAUUGUAUGAAAUUAAGUGUUGAAUUUAAGUCUGGCCUAUAGUAAAAUCUGUUUAGUAUCAUAUUAAUAUAUUUAUACAUACAUGAUGUUUAAAACCUGUUAAAAUAAUCAUUAUUUUACGUAAUGCGUUUUAUUGUUGAAGGAAAAAUUAAACAUUUAGCUGCACUUUAACUUCACAUUUAGCUUAAUAUUGUAUGCAUAAUUUCAUUUUUACCACAAAAAUAGGAUAGUUUGAGAUAAAGUGAAAAUUAACAGACCUCCUAGAGGUCAACGUACCCCUUGUUGUAGAUCCCUGGUCUACAUUUUUUAACUAAAUUAUUAGUCUUUAAACCAAACGUUGAGGAUUAUGUUGUUCGGCGCCAGUCUAAUCAUCACUGAGCGCAGCAGUUUGAAUCAUCAUUAAAUGAUCCACAUUCACUGGAUCAGUACUUUUAGCAUUUUCCAUCCAUCUCUUCCCGCUCUCUUCCUCUCUCGCUCUAUUGAUCCGUCUGUCUGACGGAAGCCUCCUCUCUUAAAGUCUCAGCUGCAGCUAAUAGGCUUUUUAUGGGAGUCUGUCAGACAAGAGCUAGUAGAGUGGAGCCCAGCACAUGCAAAGAGAAAUGAACACGCACGUAAACACACUCGCAUGCAUAUAAAACACAAUAGUACUCUCUUUCACAUAUCUACUGAGACUGAUUGUGUCUGGAGCACUUAUAUAUGACUAUACCAAUAACUUCAUGACAAUCAUACUAUAUUUAGUAAUUCAUGGUGUCCUGAGAAGCUCUAUGCAGACUGAAGAUCUAAUGCAAAACCUACACGCUGUGUAUGACAACAGCAGAAAACUUUAGUACUUUUUUUGCAUCUGUCUUUUCGUCUCUUUUCACAUCCUGUUUUUGAUAGUCUCCCGGACUGAACAGUCAGCACACUGUCCUCUCUCUGGUGCGAUGAUGAAGGAAUCAGUAGAUGCAGAGAAAAAGAGGACUAUAAAAGACAAGGGAAGACAAGUUAUUGAUUGCGAUAGUGCAACAUUGAGAGACAAUUAAGGACGUUUAGUGGACACUGAGAUGGCUGAGACACCAAUGGAGCUCGUCCCCAAAACCAAAUACACGCCCUUCAGGAGCGACUCCUUCAGCUCAACAGAUGAGACGGCGUCCAAUCCCUCUCUCCCUUCUUCUGCUCCUCUCACCCCACUCACCCCUCCCGGUAUCCCUCCUUCUCUCUCCUCCUCCCCCCUCACUCCCAUUCUCCCCCCUUCUUCUCCACGGCAGGCUGAAAACAGCCCCACCACCCUCUGCUCCUUCUUCCCCAGGAUGGGAGCCCUGCGGCUGGGUGUGUCUUCCACUCUGCUCCCAGGCCUGAAGGUCUCCAGCAGGCCGGCUAAUGUGCCAGGUGGUCAGGGAGGUUUGGGAGAGUCUCCGGAAGACACUGGGACCUCUGCCACCAACUCUUCUCCUCCUCCUCUUCCUCUCCUUUCUCUAACAGCCCCAUCUCCUCCUCCUCGUCCCCCACAGGAUAUGAACCGGCUGGGCGGGGCCUCACGGAGGGCCCGUGUGGAAGGGGGCCAGCUCGGCGGAGAUGAGUGGACACGGCACGGCUCCUUCGUCAACAAGCCCACCCGAGGCUGGCUGCACUCGGACAAUGUGAUCAGCACCACUGGGGUCUCCUACACUGUCAGGUAUAUGGGCUGUGUGGAGGUGCUGCAGUCAAUGAGAGCACUGGACUUCAACACCAGAACUCAGGUUACCAGGGAGGCAAUAUCAGUGGUGUGUGAGGCAGUACCAGGUGCCAAAGGAGCUCAGCGAAGGAGAAAGCCCUCCUCUCGUUGUCUCUCCUCCAUCUUAGGGAAGAGUAAUCUCCAGUUUGCUGGAAUGACAAUCAGCCUCACCGUGUCGACCAGCAGCCUGAACCUGCUGGCAGUCGACUGCAAACAGAUUAUCGCCAACCAUCACAUGCAGUCCAUCUCUUUUGCAUCAGGAGGAGAUCCAGACACAGCAGAGUAUGUUGCCUACGUCGCCAAAGACCCUGUCAAUCAGAGAGCAUGUCAUAUCCUGGAAUGCUCAGAGGGCUUGGCUCAGGAGGUCAUCAGCACCAUCGGCCAGGCGUUUGAACUCCGCUUUAAACAGUACCUGAAGAACCCCCCCAAACUGGUUACCCCUCAUGAUCGGAUGGCUCCUUUCGAUGGGUCGGCCUGGGAGGAAGAGGAAGAGGACCUGCCUCCACCCCCAGAGGUUCCGUAUUACAAUAACUUCCCCGGUAAACAGCCUCCGCCUGGAGGCUUGGUGGACAUGAGGACCCGUCCUGGACACAGUACAGGAGCCACGCUGCCCUAUGGACAGCCCAGCCAGAACGACGUUCACAAGCAGCCUCUGCCUCCUCUACCAGUGGGUGUUAAGGAGGGAGGCUUGUUUGACGACCCUUCGUACGUCAAUGUGGAUAAACCCCGCCUCCCAGCGGCAGCAGCCAAUGGAAAUGCUCACAGAGAUGCAUUUGACAUGAAGCCGUUUGAUGCUGCUUUAGGAGUGUCGGGUGCAGUGGCGCCCCCUCUGGCAGAGCAGCUGCAGAACGAGCCCUGGUUCCACGGACCUCUAAGCCGCAGGCAGGCCGAAAGACUCCUGACCAAGGAUGGAGACUUCCUGGUGCGGGAGUCAGGCACCACACCAGGCCAGUACGUCCUCACUGGACAGCAGGGCGGCCAACCUAAACACCUGCUUCUGGUGGAUCCAGAGGGAGUGGUGCGCACCAAAGACCACCGCUUCGAGAGCGUCAGUCACUUGAUUAGCUAUCACAUGGACAACCGGCUGCCAAUCAUCUCGGCAGGAAGUGAGGUGUGUCUGCAGCAGCCAGUUGAUCGCCGUGCUUGAAAAAUAACAAUUUUCUCCACCUCACAUUUAAGAGAAAAAACUCCUCCCUUUCCUACUUUUUGCCAGACUCUAUUAGAGAAAAAACUGUUUUUCCAGCUGGGAGUGUAAGCUAAUCAUAUCUUCACAGAAACACAGAAUUUUGUACCGCAUCAACCACCGGUCAUGAAAUUACAAAGCGAUGCAAUCAUUCUACUCAAGGACUAAAGGACACGUCGCUUGAAAUAAGUGAUUACAAAAAGCCAAACGAUGAGGCGUCUGAAAGAGAAGCAGAUGUGUAAUGGAUGUGACAUCACUUCCCAAACACGACAUCAUGUCUUGAAUUAAGACUGGGGUGCACCUGUAACCAUGGCAACAGGCCCGGGCAUUCUUCGAGUCGAGAGUUGAUGUCAAUGUACUAAAAUUGCAGAACCUUUGUAGCACUCUAAAGAUUCACAUCUGGUGCAAUGGGCGAAAUCCAAAGACUCGAGCUUCAUAUUGAUCGUAGAGCCUACGUACUGUUGCGGUCGUUUGGAAAUCUCGCGAGACUGUUUGAUGUAUAUGCAAAACUUUAAAGAGAAUACAGAGCUCAUUCUCCAAUCACAGACAUCAUCUUUCACGGCGAAUGUGCAAUUCCCACCGGAAUAUCACUUUCCCAAUUUUCCCGCCAAGGGAAACCACACAAAAUGCCUCUUAUUCUCAACCUCACAAUACCCUUUACAGAAUUCCGAGCGUGAUCCCCAAGAAAAAUUUUGAAUUUUGGUCAUUUGGGAAGACCCCUGAACAUAUGUGAAAGCUUUAGGAUGCUGUGUGGAUUUUUCCUUAUGCAAAUAAGCAGACGCUGUGAGGGACUUGUUAUGAGAGACAACAAACUAGUCUGUGGAAAAAGGGACCGUUCCCUUUCCACAUAACAUCAUAUAUCAGCCUGGGACAAAAGGGACGAGAAAAAAAA